UUCUACCUAUCCCAAUGGCUCUGUUAUCCUAAAUUGCUAAGACUACCCGGCCAACAGGCCGGGCAAUAGACUAGUACCAUUAUUAUGACGUUUAUUCAAUCAAAAUGAGAGAAAUGAGAAUAAAUAUGAGUGUAUGAGACUAUGAGUACAUGUUAGUUUUUUGGUUUUGGUUUUUGGGAUUUGAUUUUUUAUUUUUAUUUUUUCAUGCUUAAUGGUUUGGUUAACCAAACCAAACCAAAUUGACAGCCCUACUCCCGAGAGAGCGCCAAAGCUACUGCUUCCGCCGUAUUCUUCGCCGCCGAUUCCCGCGCCGUAUUCAUGGCCGUCAAAUCGGAGAGACCCAGGCCAUCCGCAAUGGCACCAUGGCGCCUUCCACGAUGUCAGAGAGAGCGUCCGAUCCGACGUCCGCCGCAUGCUUCACACUCGCGCCGAGGUUCCGUUUCAGGUCCCGCUGGAGGUGAACGUCGUUCUCGUCGGUUUCAAUGGGGACGGAGGAUAUCGGUACAGCUUGGACGUGCAGAAACUGGAAGAGUUUUUGAAACUCAGCUUUCCGACUCAUAGACCUUCCUGCUUAGAGACAGGAGAGCUUCUCGAUAUCGAGCAUCACCUCAUCUACAAUGUAUUCCCUGCUGGGCAGCCGGAGAUGAUUGCUCUGGAGAAGGCAUUGAAAGAGGCCAUGGUUCCUGCAGGAACUGCUCGAGAGACUGAUUUUGGAAGAGAGGUCCCGUUGUUUGAAGUGGAGGCGACUGCUGUGGAGCCUAUAUUUCACAAAUUCUAUUCCUACAUUUUUGACACUGAUACCAUGGGGUUCGCACAACAUACAGAGCCUGAUAGGCCCAAUCCUGCUUCUAUCUUUGUCGUCAACUUUGACAAGGUCAGAAUGGAUCCUAGGAACAAGGAGGUUGAUCUUGAUAAAUUGAUGUUUAACACAAUUGAUCAGCUGUCUGAAGAAGAUAUGAAGAAACAAGAGGGUGAUUACAUUUAUAGGUAUCGGUAUAAUGGAGGGGGUGCAACUCAAGUUUGGUUGAGCUCAGACAGGUUUGUAGUGAUUGACUUGUCAGCUGGUCCGUGUACAUAUGGCAAGAUUGAAACAGAAGAGGGAAGCGUCAGUACUAGAACAGUGCCGCGGAUUAGGAAUGUGGUACUUUCAAAAGGAUCAGCUGUAGGCACCAUCAGUGAUCAUUCUAGUCAUGAGAUUUUUGUUGGGCAUCUUUCUUCUCUGAUAUCAACCACAGUUGAGCAUGUUGUAGCUCCAGACGUCAGGUUUGAGACUGCUGAUCUGACAACAAGGUUGCUUAUACCAAUCAUUGUACUUCAGAACCAUAAUAGAUACAAUAUCAUGCAAGCUGGCCAUAACUACAGCAUAGACACAACUGAGAUUGAGUCAGAGCUGAGGAAGAUGGUUCACAAUGAGCAAGAGGUUGUAGUUAUUGGUGGUUCACAUGCAUUACAUCGACACGAAAAGUUGGCCAUUGCUGUUUCCAAAGCAAUGCGUGGUCAUUCACUACAGGAGACUAGAAAGGAUGGACGCUUCCAUGUUCACACCAAGACAUAUCUGGAUGGUGCUAUGCUCAAAGAAGAGAUGGAGCGGUCUGCUGAUGUGCUUGCCGCUGGUUUACUCGAGGUGGCUGACCCCUCCCUGUCUAGUAUAUAUUUCCUCAAACAGCACUGGGAUGACGAAUCUGAUGGCUCUACUGAUUCCAUUCUUAAACAUAAACCUCUAUGGGCUGGUUACGAAUUUAACCGUGGCAAGAGAAAGGAGAAGAAGCAAGGAGACAUCUAUCGAACUUACGGGACGAGAGUUGUUCCUGUCUUCGUGCUAUCGUUGGCUGAUGUGGAUCCUCAACUUAUGAUGGAGGAAGAGAGCCUCGUUUGGACUAGCAACGAUGUUGUCAUUGUGCUUCAACAUCAAGCCGAUGCAAUACCUCUCAGCUAUGUUUCAGAGAUUGAUAGAAGGACAGCCCUUCCAUCUCUGUCGCAGCGUCACAUAAUGGCUGGCCUCGCAUCCGCCGUGGGUGGGUUGAGUGCCCCAUAUGAGAAGGCGUCCCACGUGCAUGAGAGGCCAGUUGUCAAUUGGCUGCUUGCAGCUGGAUGUCACCCAUUUGGCCCGUUUUCCAACAGUUCUCGCACCAGUAAACUGCUACAAGAUGUUGCAUUGAGGAACACGAUCUAUGCUCGGGUGGAUGCUGCACUUCAUAAGAUCCGUGAUACAUCAGAGAUUGUCCAGAUCUUUGCAUCGGAGCACCUGAAAACCCCGCUGGGGGAGCCUGUGAGAGCCAAGAAGAACAAAACAACUACCGAACUAUGGUUGGAGAAGUUCUACAAGAAAACAACCAACCUGCCUGAACCCUUCCCACAUGAACUGGUUGAACGACUUGAGAAGUACCUCGACAAUCUCGAGGAGCAGCUUGUCGACCUGUCAUCUUUGCUGUACGAUCACCGACUGCAGGAUGCACACUUGAACAGCUCGGAAAUUCUCCAAAGCUCGAUCUUCACGCAACAGUACGUGGAGCAUGUGUUGUCGAGCGAGAAGGCGAAGAUGAAGUGUUGCAAGAUCGAGUACAAGUAUCCGUAUCACUCGUCGCAAACUUACGUCUAUGGAGGGAUCCUUCUGGCUGGGUUCGUAGUGUACUUUCUUGUCAUUUUCUUCUCCAAUCCAGUCCGGUGAGUUAUACAAUCCACCUCUUUCUUGACCACAGCUACCAGAACCUGCUGGUAGCUUGUGUGCAUUAUUAUCUUGGAGAAAGGAAUUUUGGUCUUGUUUCCGCCUGUUUUACAAGUUGUAACUAACCUUCCAUAUACGAACUCCACAUUUGUCGCUUAGAUCUACGCAAUAAAUAAAAGGCAAAUGAGAAAAUUUGAAGCCCUAUUUCAAAUUUCCUAUAUCCAGAGUGAAAUUGAGAAUAGAAAUGACAUGUUGGUCUACAUGAUAAUUGUCGAAAACGUAUUGAUUUUGCGUGCUUAAUGUGAUUUUCACAUAUAGUUUGCUCAAUAAAAAUUGAUAGAACUU